GGAGAGAGGCCCAGAUGAGUUGCGUUAAAUCCACGGGUGAGGAGAGAGAAAAAGGAGGUCAAGUUCUCUCUCUCUUCCUCUCGUCGCCGGAGGCGGGAGGCCAUCGACGCUGAAGUGAAGGGGAUCGCGAUCUCCGGCGAGCGUGCGGGGGAAGAUGGCUGACCCAGAGUUGGAAGCUAUCAGGCAGAGGAGAAUGCAAGAGCUAAUGGCACAGCAUGGUGCGGCAAAUCCGCAAAAUGCUGGGCAACAAAAAGCUCAAGAAGAUGCAAAGCAGGAAGCUGAGGAACGGCGGCAGAUGAUGCUUGCUCAGAUUUUAUCUUCUGAAGCUAGAGAAAGGCUCUCCCGCAUAGCUUUGGUCAAACCUGAUAAAGCAAGAGGGGUGGAGGAUGUUCUUCUGAGAGCUGCUCAGUCCGGUGGAAUAUCUGAAAAGGUGUCUGAAGAAAGGCUUAUCUCACUUCUGGAGCAAAUCAAUACCCACACUAGCAAACAGACGAAAGUUACGAUUCAGAGGCGCCGGAGCGUCCUUGACGAUGAUGACUAGCUGCAUGUGUGUUGUGUGUACGAUGAGCUGGUGGAGGAGUCUGCUGUAGCGCAAAACUACUUAGAAAUGAUGAUUAUCAAACGCUAUAUCAACAACCAUCAAAACUUGAGCGACUAUUUGAUGGAUAUUUGGCCGUAUAUGAAUUAAUUCGAGUUUGGUUUGGCUUGUUCCAUUGAUGACAUUCAAACUUUUGACUGCUCCGAAGGGGAAUUGCCACACGUCCGACUGGUAUGUACGACUUAGCAUCCGACCAGUACUUACCUGCUCCUUGCUCUGGCCCACAUGGAGAGCAGCUGGCUCGUUGGAGUAAAUUGAUUAGCGAACAAUAGGGUCGGAUGUAUAGCAGUACUCGCUCCGAAGUGUGUAUCCAUCAUAUCAUGAGUAUCUUA